ACCAGCUACCGACUAGCCAUGCUCACUGCACGCUCCCUGCACUCGACUGUCGCCUCGGCAGCGCGCACCGCCGCACGCUCCACCCUCACCUCCCACCUCGUCCGCCCAUCCUCAUCACUCGCCAGCUCGACCUCGACCCGCCAACUCGAUGCAUGGCCUCGAUCGAGCGCAGGACUGCUCCACAGCAAGCCUCUGAGCACUACUGCCACCCGCCGCAGCGCAGAAGACAUGACCAACAUCAUCUACUCGACCCCGAACGACCCCGUCUCGAUCACGUCCCUGUCGCCCAAAGCCGGAUUCACCCUCUCGGACGGCAUGGUCGUCCCCUCGCCCAUCCUCCUCAUCGACGGCCAGUGCUUCCUGUGGGACGUCGCCCACCCGACCAACGAGGGCAAGGACCCGCGCGGCUUCGAGUGGGACGGCUGGACCGUCGACAAGGUCAAGGUGUUUGAGGCCCUGAGCCCGCGGCCAGAGAUCCUCCUCGUCGGGACGGGCACGGCGACCCAGUUCGCGCCGCCCCAGUUCAAGAAGUACCUCAACAGCCUCGGGAUCCAGGUCGACGUCCUCGAUUCUCGCAACGCGGCGUCGACGUACAACCUGCUGCAGGAAGAAGGGCGCCGAGUCGCGGCGGCGCUGUACCCGGUGUCGCUCCUCUCGGCGCGGACAGGCCUCACGGCCUGAGGCGCUCGCUGCAACAUGGACGACGUGCGCAUAUUU